GUUUUUUUGCUUCCCUGCAGCUUCUUUACACGCAGCGAAAAGAAAAAAGUGGGUCCAGGCGAUGCGCCGAAUAAAUGUCGACGGAUCGACGUGGAAGCCUACAGCUAACUCGCGCGUUUGCAGCGAGCAUUUCAUAUCAGGAGAACCAUCUAGGUUUCCGGACCACCCCGACAACGUCCCGUCCGUAUUUAAGCACAAGCCUGCGAGCCGCCGAGAUGCUGUUGUGCGUUUUGAAAGGUCGGCCAACAGACGAAGCACUCCGAGCCAGUCUUUCAAACGUUCUCAGCUUCCAAAUACAAAGCCAGCAACCACACAGAGCAGCCAGCCUUCAGGAAGUAACACAUCAAUGGUGCCAGCUGUCCCGGACGAUCCACCACACCACAGCGAUGGCAGCCCAGUGCUGGAACCCGAGGCAGCACAUCAACUUCCAAAAACUUCUAAACCCAGGCUAGUGAAGCACCUGAGCAUUCUACAGCCAAUCUUGAAAGUGGUUCUGCCAUGCAUGAUGCAUGCCAGCCCGACAAUGUGUCUAGCCUUAGAAUAG